AAAGCUUGAGGUGUGUAGAGGAAAGGGAUUUGAGUGGAUUCUGAAGGUUUUUGCAUGUUUGCCCAUCGUCUAUAGCCUAGCGGUUAAGAGUGUUUGCCCAUCGUCUAUAGCCUAGCGGUUAGGAGUGUUUGCCCAUCCUCUAUAGCCUAGCGGUUAGGAGUGUUUGCCCAUCCUCUAUAGCCUAGCGGUUAAUAGUGUUUGCCCAUCCUCUAUAGCCUAGCGGUUAAGAGUGUUUGCCCAUCCUCUAUAGCCUAGCGGUUAAUAGUGUUUGCCCAUCCUCUAUAGCCUAGCGGUUAAGAGUGUUUGCCCAUCCUCUAUAGCCUAGCGGUUAGGAGUGUUUGCCCAUCCUCUAUAGCCUAGCGGUUAAUAGUGUUUGCCCAUCCUCUAUAGCCUAGCGGUUAAGAGUGUUUGCCCAUCCUCUAUAGCCUAGCGGUUAGGAGUGUUUGCCCAUUCUCUAUAGCCUAGCGGUUAAGAGUGUUUGCCCAUCCUCUAUAGCCUAGCGGUUAAGAGUGUUUGCCCAUCCUCUAUAGCCUAGCGGUUAAGAGUGUUUGCCCAUCCUCUAUAGCCUAGCGGUUAGGAGUGUUUGCCCAUCCUCUAUAGCCUAGCGGUUAAUAGUGUUUGGCCAGUAACCGAAAGGUCGCUGGUUCGAAUCUCAGUCAGUAAGGUGGAAAAAUCUGUCAUUCUGCCCAGUAACCCCCAACAGCAACUGCUCCCAUGAUAUCCAUUAAGGCACCCCCCUGAUUCAGAGGGGUUGGGUUAAAUACGGAAGACACAGCUCAUCUCCACCCCCUCCUAUACACACCCUGGGACUGGUAAUCUUGAGAACCCUGCCCCCCUCUUCCAUAUUAUUUUAAAGGUUCUGGUGAAUGGAUUGGUUCAUAUCUCACUCACUCACUAUAGCACUCACACACAGGUUUAGAGCCUUGGCCUCUGGAAGGCAGGUGGCUUUGUUAGAGACAGAAUAUGAAAGGGGGAACGCGGGGAGGAACUCUAAUCACUGCGCUCGGCAGAAUGGUGGCGCUCUGCAUUUUCCCCGGUUCCCGGAGUCGGUCGGCACAUUCCGCUGGCAUUGUUAUCUGCACUGUUUCCUGCGGCCCGCGGCUGUUGUCCGUCUUUUGCCCAUUGUCCCGGCUUCCUUUGUUCCCUCCGUCUAACAAUGGCUUUUUUCUCUCCCUUUAUUUAUAUCUAUGUGCACUUUUCGCCCUGUGUGUUCUGUUUGUUUUGUUCUCCUGUCUGGCUUUUCUUUCCUCCUGCAGCGGAGGUGGGAACAAACACAGCUCAAGUCUGUUCUCCUGUCUGGCUUUUCUUUCCUCCUGCAGCGGAGAUGGGAACAAACACAGCUCAAGUCUGUUCUCCUGUCUGGCUUUUCUUUCCUCCUGCAGCGGAGGUGGGAACAAACACAGCUCAAGUCUGUUCUCCUGUCUGGCUUUUCUUUCCUCCUGCAGCGGAGAUGGGAACAAACACAGCUCAAGUCUGUUCUCCUGUCUGGCUUUUCUUUCCUCCUGCAGCGGAGGUGGGAACAAACACAGCUCAAGUCUGUUCUCCUGUCUGGCUUUUCUUUCCUCCUGCAGCGGAGGUGGGAACAAACACAGCUCAAGUCUGUUCUCCUGUCUGGCUUUUCUUUCCUCCUGCAGCGGAGGUGGGAACAAACACAGCUCAAGUCUGUUCUCCUGUCUGGCGUGCUUUUCUUUCCUCCUGCAGCGGAGGUGGGAACAAACACAGCUCAAGUCUGAGAGUUCAUUAAGGUUCAGCCUCUCUUAACCUGUCCUUCACUCCAUCUCUCCCUUUCUGUCUUUCUCUCGCCAUCUCUCGGUCUCUUUCUGUUCGUGUAUGUUUGAUGUGCAGAGUCUUCGCCUUGUCAUGAUGAUUAACUUUCCCUGAGACCUACAAUGUCUCCCAGACUAGAAGUUAGGUUUUCAAGAAUGGUGGAGCCCAGUCCCCCAGCGCUGCAUCUCCAUGCCAACAGUGAUGUCAGCAUGGUGGGCGUCAGUGUGAAGUUGGAGGAGUCUGGAGGAGAAGGGGGAGGAGCCCACACCAGGGCAGAGCAGCUCUCCUCUCCUGCCUGUGAUUGGUCAGGACAUCAGCCAAUGGAACGACCGGAGUCUAGACAGCUGACUCCUCCCCUCUCCCGCUCACCCUCAGAGGGCUCUCCUGGUAAGGAACAGCUUCUCAGACAGAGUCCUGUUGGGAUGAAGGGGGGCAGCAGGGUGUAUAACCACCGACCAGAGGGACACAUGCACCCCACUGUCAGCGAAGUCAUGCCCACCAUAGAGAAGCUUCUGAGUGUGGACUGGAGGGAGACAUUUCUGGACAAAAGCCCCCUGGGAGGCAACCACCUGAAAGGCACUCCAGAGUCUCUGGCAGAGAAGGAGCUGCAGUUGUUGUUGAUGAUCAACCAGCUGGGUGGUCUGAGGGAGCAGCUGCUGGGAGCCCACUCUGAGCAGAGGAACAUGGCCGCCUUGCUGCUGGAGAAACAACAGCAGCAGAUGGAGCUGGCCAGACAGCAGCAGGAACAGAUUGCCAAACAGCAGCAGCAGUUGAUCCAGCAGCAGCACAAAAUCAACCUGCUUCAGCAACAGAUCCAGCAGGUGAACAUGCCCUACGUGAUGAUCCCAGCCUUCCACCCCAACACCCAGCAACUCCCUAUCACCGCCGACACCCAGAUGACCAUGCCUCUGCAGCCAAUCCCCUGCAAGCCAGUGGACUAUCCCAUGCAGCUGCUGCAGAACUCUCACUCCACCCCUGUGAAAAGGCCCAGUGGUACCUUCCGUCAGGAAGCCAGCCAGCCUCUGAAUCUGACCUCCAAGCCCAAGGGGAUGGACAUGGGGAAGAGCCCCAGCCCGCAGACCUUUGAGCUGGGCUCACUGACUAUGCAGGGUGGGUACAGACCCAGGGACAACCAUAGAGACAGCCCUUCACGGCCUGCACUUAACCUGGGUUUCCUGGGAGAGGGGGAUGUGGUGACCCAGGCCAUCCACGAUGCCCAGCAGCUGCUGUGGAGUCAUGGGCCGGGGGGAAGAGAGAGAGAGCGAGAGAGAGACAGCACUGCCAGGAUGGAGCAUAAGGAGUCUGGUCGCAGCGACAGGCUGCCACACCAAGACCGGGGAGAGAACAGACAAACCCGCCAAACCAACGAGGACCACCACAGCAGUGACUCUGAGGGCCCCCUGUCUGCUCCUAGUGUGGGGUUGUUUGCAGAGGUUCGCAGCCCCCCCUCCUCCGUCCACAUCAAGAGACCCAUGAACGCCUUCAUGGUCUGGGCCAAAGACGAGAGGCGCCGUAUACUACAGGCCUUCCCUGACAUGCACAACUCCUCCAUCAGCAAGAUACUGGGAACUAGAUGGAAGUCUAUGUCUAACCAGGAGAAGCAGCCCUACUAUGAGGAGCAGGCCAGGCUGAGCCGGCAGCACCUGGAGCGUUACCCCGACUACAAAUACAAGCCCCGCCCCAAACGCACCUGCAUCGUGGAGGGGCGGAGACUCAGGGUGGGCGAGUACAAAGCCAUGAUGAAGAGCCGGAGACAGGAGCAGAGAGGGGCAUACACACACAGUCAAUCAGAGCCGCAGAAGCUGCACUACGCUCCAGGCGAGGGCCAAUACCCAGGCGGCGGUGGAACGGUCUCAAUGCCGACGGUGCCAUUCCACCCCGUGCUAUUGGAGCACUACCUGCCACGAGGGUUGGAGGCUCCGCCUCCUCGCAGACUUGACGGGCAGAUCACACCCACUCCCCUCCACAGAGAGAGGCCACCGUACAGCGAGGGGGAGGAGAGUGACAGAGGAGAGAGGAGUGAGGGAGAGCUAGUUCUCCUCACUGACUGAGUGGGAGGGAGAGAGGGAGAGAGCGAGAGGGACAGAGUUUUUAAUAGGGAUAAAGGAGUAAGGGAGAGCUAGUUCUCCUCACUGACAGAGAGAGAGAAGGAAGGGAAAAAGGAGAGCGGAACAGAGAGAAAGAGGAGUGUGUGUGUGUAGAGAACUGAAUGAAAAGGUGUGUGUGAUGAAGGGAAUCUUGGUCCACAUCAAGUGUGUCAAGAGUUCAACGGUUAAAUCUUAGCCAUGUGAUAUGACCAUGUCAGCAGAGCCCAUGACAUGUUAGGGUUAGUAGGAGACAGUCGUUUGUUACGACGUUAAAGGUGUCUGACAUUUACUCAUAAAUCUGGCAGCUGAAUCUAAAAGAUCAUUGUCCAUGUAGCUAGUAAUAAAGGUACAUUCACAAUGUGGAAUGAGUUGAUACACUGGAUUAGACUUGGGGUUCAUUACUGUCACCAACAGGCAUAUUGACGUAGAUGUUUCCCUAAACACACAUCUAUUAUUUCUAGACCAUAUCCUUCAAAAUAUUAGGGCCAGGGUAUGAAACAUCUGAUCUCUCCCGAACUACAUGUAUCAGUAAUUAGGGAGAGUUCUGAUUCUGAAGGAGUGCUGCCCUCUGCUGUUUAGAAUGGGCACAGCACCAUGAAAUAUCCCGAUCUCUAGAUUUUUUUUUAUUUUUUUUAUUAUUAAUAUUUACACAGAUGACCUAGUCUGUGGUGAUAGAGGUUGAAUAAUCCCCAUUAUUAGCCAAUGCACUGGUCAAGCAUAGGUAAUGAGAUGCACUCUGUAAGAAUGCACUUUCACAGAACUCUCAUCUCCAAACAGACAAAGGCUGCACCAAAAUAGUCUAAACUUGUCUCCUUCACAUGCACUGACAAAACAUAGGAUAAGGCAAUAUGGGGGAUUCCUUGUGCGAGAGUUUAUUUCACUUCAGUGCAGGUGGAGUAAAGGAGACUAGGAAGCCACUUUAGACUAUCAGGAUGCACCCAGUGUUUCAGUUUUUGCACUUGCGAUAGUUGAUCAGCAGUGACAUCUAGUGUAAUGAGAAAUGUCUAAGGAAUCUCAUCUCCAAGCCCUCAUUCUAGAUUGAGCUCAUCCUUCUCUAUUCUCUAGUUGUGUACAAGCUGUAUGUGAUGUGUGCAUAAUGUCUGUCAAUCACUUUAUUUUUAACGCGGGUUUACAAUGUACUUGUCACAGAACGUUAUACAAAUGUUCUGUAAAAUGUGUGUUUCUUUGAGUGUGCGUGUGGGUAUUGAACUCAAAGGUUGGCCUGAACACUUUGUGUAUCCUGACACCCUGGCCUCUUGUCUUGACCACAGCUGUUUCUCUGUCCAUGUACUGCAGUUUGCCUUUACACAACAGGGCUCCAUCUCAAUAGUCCUAAUGUCGCUUCAUCUCUAUCUGCGCUGACCUGAAUGAACUGGACAGGUGAAAUGAAAGUUUAACCCAUGUUAUCAGAUCAGAAUAGGAAGGCAUUUUAGACUGUUGGGAUGCAGCCUUCACCACAAUGUACUGGACAGAAGAGAGGUCACACUUGUGGUGUAAUCAUAUUGUUUACUGAGGCAGGCCUGGGGUUAGUUGCUGUUCCACAGCAUUUGGUAAGCCUUGCUUGGGGAGUAGAAUGAAGUGGCCCCUGGACACUGAUCUAUGGUCAGUUUUACACCUUUGCCUAUAAUGUUAAGGUAAGAUAAAACUCUUGCUAAGAACAACUUCAACCCAGAGCCAAGGGGAUGGCGCUGUAUAGAGACAGAUGUAUCAGAGAAACAUUUCUAAUUAUGACAGAAACCCAGAAGAGAACUUUCACCUGUUGUCACCCCUGCUGUUGUAAAUAUAGAUAGAUUUUAUUUUGUUUAUAAGAGCCUGUGUAAUUUAAAGGUGUACCUUUCUCUGUAUGUUUUCUAAGUUGUGGUUUUGUUUUUUGGAAAAUAAUAAAAUUGGUUGUUACAUUU